AUGGGCUCAUUGCAGAACGGAGAUGGCCAGUACCAAGGUCUCGGCCAAGACUUCACCAAACAUGUCAUCGCGGCCAUGGGCAAAGAGACCAACCCCCGACUGCGUGAGGUCCUUACCUCGUUCAUCCAGCACAUUCACGACUUCGCGCGUGAGGUUGAUCUCACUACUGACGAGUGGAUGAUGGGUGUGAACAUGAUCAACUGGGCUGGACAGAUGAGCAACGACCGACGCAACGAAGGUCAGCUCCUCUGCGAUGUGAUCGGACUGGAAUCGCUGGUUGAUGACAUUACCAACCGCGUGGCUACGAGGAACGGUGCUCCUGGCACGGCUACGGCCAUCCUCGGCCCGUUCUGGCGUGCCGACACCCCAGUGCGAAGCAACGGCAGCAGUAUCAUCCUGAAGCGUCCCGAGGAUGGUGAAGUUGCAUGGAUGCAUGGACAAGUAACAGACUCCAACACUGGAAAGCCUCUGGUGAAUGCUUCCGUCGAUGUUUGGCAAGCAUCUACAAACGGCUUGUACGAGCAGCAGGAUGCUGAUCAGCCCGAGCACAACCUGCGUGGAGUAUUCAAGACUGAUGCUGAAGGCCGCUACGGCUUUUACUGCCUGCGACCUACACCUUACCCGGUACCCAGUGAUGGCCCGGCAGGAAAGCUUCUAGAUCUUCUUCACAGACACCACUACCGACCAGCCCACAUUCACCUCAUUGUUCAAUCAGAAGGAUUCAAGUCAGUCACCACACAGAUCUUUGACGAGAACUCCAAGUAUCUCGACGAUGACUCCGUCUUCGCGGUCAAGGACGGUCUCACUGUGAAAUUCACCGACAGGAAAGGUGACCCUAAGGCAUCACUGGAGCUAGAGUACGACAUCAAGCUGGUGCAGGGAAAAUAG